AUGGCCAAGAAGUUGCUGUUGGUGGAUGUGGACUGUGGGGUGGAUGAUGCCCAAGCACUUAUGUUGGCUCUGGCAGCUCCUGAUGUUGAAAUCUUGGGUAUAACCUGCUGUCAUGGAAACUCUACCUUAGAAAAUGUCUGCAGGAAUGUCCUUUGUGUUCUGAAAUGCUGCAAUAGACUUGAGAUUCCUGUUUAUGGUGGAGCAAGUAGACCGCUACUUGGGAAAAAUAUCCAUGCUAGUGAAUAUCAUGGAGUAGAUGGCUUGGGCGAUGUACCAGAUCUUGAGUUCCCUGGACUUGAAGCCUUGAAGAAAGAACAUGCAGUUCUUGCAAUACUAAGGAUAGUCAGUGAACACCCUGGGCAGGUUACUUUUGUUGCAACUGGUCCAUUGACAAACUUGGCUUUAGCUUUCAAUAUGGAUCCAACUUUGCCACAGAAAAUCAAAAGCCUUUUCAUUAUGGGAGGUAACAUGGAGUCAAGAGGAAACUAUACAGCUUGUGGCGAAUUCAACUUUUUAUGUGAUCCAGAAGCUGCAUAUGUAGUUCUAAACAGCUUUGAUUGUCCAACAUGUAUUUCCACCUGGGAAUUCACUUUCAAAAACAUGCUACCUUGGACGUUUACAAGGAGUGGCUCGCCCAGGACACCCAGAAGGCAGACUUUAUGAGGAAAAAUUUCAGCUCAGUCUGAGAGAUACACUGAAAGAUGCAAUGGCAAAGCAGGGGAGGUGUGGACUGAAGGAUUUGUGCCAUGUGACUCCUAUGCCAUGGCUGCAGCCAUAGAUGAAAGCUUUGUUACUAGUGUCAUUCACUGUGCAGUAAGUGUAGAGCUCAGUGGCACACUGACUCGAGGGAUGAUGGUGCUGGAUCUGCGGGAUACACUACAAAAAAAACAUAAAGCUUUUAUCAUGACUAAAUGUGACACAGAGAAGUUGAAAAGUCUUUUAAUGGAAGCAUUAAAGUAA